AUGCCGACGCCCGCGCUCGCGCGCCUCGCGCUCGCGCGCCCGCGCGCGGACGUCCGCGCGGCGCGCGCGCGCGCGCGCGCCAACGUCAACGCCGACCUCGCGGACGUCGAGCGCGACGCGCGGAACGCCGGGCGCGCGCUCGUGCGCGUCUCGCGCGCGUUCGCCGUCGACCUCGGCGACGCCGCGCGCGACGGCGCGCGCACCGCGCGCGAGUACGUCGCGCUGCCGGCGACGGAGUACAAUCUCAUCGACCCGGAGAACGUGUCGCGCGCGAGCGACGACGCGAACGGGUUCGUCGUGAGCGCGGGGAGGCAAAAGCUGCUGUUUCUGGACGUCGAGCCGCGCGGGACGGUGCGCGUCGACGCGAGCGAGGAGGGAUGCGUGCAGUCGCUCGUGGACGCGGUGAUCGUGAAUCGUAACCCGGACGACGCGAAGGCGACGAAAAUAAUCGACGCGAUCAACGCGAGCCUGAAGGACCUGCGGUUGAGGAACGAGGUGACGGCGACGCGCUGCGAGGACACGGGGCGGGCGAGCAUACGAUGCCAAAUCGACGUGUGGGGGGACUUUCGAGAGGGCGUGUUCGCGCGCGCGGGAACGCGGUUGAACACGAUCUUAGGAUGGAGCUUGGGGGCGGUGAUGCCGUGGUUUUUGACGCAGCUCGCGGCGGAUUACGCGAGAUGGGCGCGCGACGAGCCGCGGACGACGGCGGAGAACGCGUCCCUGGCGAGCGUGGCGGGGAAAAUCAUCGCGGGGAGUCGAGGGAAGCUUCCCGAGGGCGUGCGCGAGUGCGAGUGCGUUGAAAUAGUGCGAUAA